AUGGGAGUAACAAAGCGCAACAUCCUCGCCAAGCCCCGAACAGACCCCACCGGCAAAUACAUCUACGACACGCACCUCGUCAUCCCGUCCACCGCCCGCGAGUCAUGGCCUGUGCUCGGGUACCCGCUCGUGAUUGCGCUUGUGUAUGCGUGGUACAAUUAUUUGACGCUGGAUGCGAAGUUGAGGACGAUUGUUGCUGCUGUUGCUUUUGCGGGGAUUGAGUACAACUUCUAUAGCACGACGAUUGAGACUGUUGAUGGCGACAUCCUUCUCCGCCCCUUCGACCCUCGCUGCCGCAAAGGCCACACGACCUGGCAUCAAUUCUUCGCCAACAUCAUCUUCACGCCGCUCCUGCUCGACAUCUACUUUGCGGUAGUUCCGACGUGGCCGCUUCGUGUGUUGCUGUUCCCGUUCAAUGUCUGGUUGUUGGAGAUUGUUGAGGGCUAUGUCCUCAUGUACUUGUACGGUUACAAUCCCGCCUGGACUUACCGCGGAACCGACGCCUACUUCCACAACAAUAUCAAGCUCGGCUACUGGUACUUCUGGCUGGGCUUGGGUGCCGCUGUUGAAUUGAUCUUUCCGUUCGCGGUGCAGUAUACGCAGGCGGCUGCUGCUGCGUUGAUGCAGUACCUUUAG